AUGGGACUUAACGAGUCCAAAACUAAAACUAUGUUAGUAGCUGGCAAACGCCUACAUAAGAAGACGAACAGCACCUCACUCACUGUCCAUGUCAACUAAGUUGAACUCGAAUAAGUCCAGUCUCAAAAACUGUCAGGCGUAAUUAUUGACACAGCUUAAUUUUAAUGAGAAUAUUGAUAAUCUAUGUAAGAAGCUAACACAGCGUAUUGCUUUUUUGAAAAAAAUCAGGCAUCAUUUACCUUUAGAUCAACAAAUUCUUUCUUACAAUUCCAUGAUAAAACAAAUAAUUAUGGCUCCAGUGUGUGGGUUUCUACAUCUGUUGAUAAUUUAA